AACACAUCCAGGCAAACUACUAGACACUAGCAUGGAGAUCAAGCCAGCACUCCUCCUUGUUGCCUGCUUGUUAUUGGGCAUCAGCAACAGAGGCACUGCAGCAACAUGCAGAACUUCAGAUAUUGUUGUCCAGACAGAGAGCUGGCCCGAUCCGGCAGGAACGCCAGUGUACUAUGUGAACCUGGUGAACAACUGCGGCUGCACGCAGAAGAACGUGAAACUGGCGUGUCCAGGGUUCAACUCUUCCGUCGAGGUCUACCCGGCCGCCGCCAUCAAGCCGGACGGCGACGGCAAGCUCUGCUCCCUCUACAGCGGCGCACCGGUUAGGCCUAAACAGACGAUUUUCUUCAACUACCGGUACACGAGUACCAAGUUCAGCUUCGAGCCCAUCUCCUCCACCAUCAUAUGUUAAGAUAACACGAAUAAAUGACAUGAUGACCAUAUCACAAAUAUGUUUCCCCUGCUUAGUGACAAAAGGAUGUGAGCAUCUAUUCCUGAGGUGCCUCAAAAAAAAUGUAUGCAUCAGUCACUUUGUUUCUAUACCUUUGGAUUACCGUCAAACAGACAAAAAUGACUUG